UUAUGGCAGAAACUAUCGUCUUUGCUAUUGCUGAGCAAGUCUUGGGUAAGCUGAUAUACCUUGCUUCCAACGAAAUGUGCUUGGCAUGGGGUGUCAAAAAUGAUGCACAAGAGCUUGCUGACACCUUAACCACUAUCAAAGUUGUUCUCUUAGAUGCUGAGGACAAACAAAUCCAUAAUAAGAAGCUAAAAGUUUGGCUGGGAAAGUUUAAGGAGAUCUGCUACGAUGCUGAAGAUGUUUUAGACGAGAUUGAGGUGGAAGAUUUGCGCAAGCAAGUUGUGAAUCAUCAAGGCAUUACAAGAAAGGUAUGCUACUUCUUUUCAUCCUCAAAUCCAGUUGCUUUCCGUUUUAUUUUGGGGCAUGAAAUUAAGGAGAUUAAAAAGAGGUUAGCAAAAAUAGCAGCUCAUAAGGAUAGUUUUAAUCUCGUUGAGAAAGUUGAUAGCAAUCAUGUUAUAGGUUGGGAGAGGGAAACUCACUCAUUUGUGCAUGCUUCAGAUGUUAUUGGUAGGGAUAAAGAUAAAAACAAGAUAAUGAAACUACUGUUACGUCCUAGUGAUGGCCAUGAAAAUGUUUCCGUCAUUCCUAUUGUUGGGAUAGGAGGUCUAGGAAAAACUACGCUUGCCAAAUUGGUGUAUAAUGAUAAACUGGUGAACGAAUAUUUUACGUUGAAAAUGUGGGUAUGUGUGUCAGAUGAGUUUGUUUUGAAAAAACUAUUAAUUGGCAUCAUCCAAUCUGCAACUGGGCAAAAAAAUAUUGAUGAGAAUAUAGACCAAUUGCAAAGAAUUCUACGUGAUAUCUUAAGCCAUAAAAAAUAUUUGUUAGUUUUGGAUGAUGUUUGGAAUGAAGAUUAUGAGAUGUGGUUUGAAUUAAAAAAAUUAUUGAUAGAAUGUGUUAGUGGAAGUAAAAUUAUCGUAACUACACGUAGUGAUCGUGCUGCCUCAAUUAUGGGCACUAUGCCUACAUACAAGUUAGAAGGUCUUUCUCUUGAUGAAUGCUUGAUGGUGUUUGUUAAAUUUGCAUUUAAAGAAGGGCAAGAAAAACAAUAUCCCAACCUUAUGGAAAUUGGAAUAGAAAUUGUAAAAAAAUGUGGAGGUGUUCCAUUGGCAGUAAAAGCGUUAGGAAGUUUACUUUAUUCCUCAACUUCUGAACAAGAUUGGAAAAAAUUGAGGGAUAAUGAGAUUUGGGAGUUGGAUCAAAAUGAAAAUAAGAUUUUAAAUGCUCUAAGAAUAAGUUAUAAUCAUCUGCCACCUCACUUGAAGCAGUGUUUUGUGUAUUGUUCUAUCUUUCCAAAAGACUUUGAAUUUUAUAGUAUUUAUUUGGUUCAGUUUUGGAUGGCCCAUGGGCUUCUUCAAUCCCACAAUGAAAAUCAGGAUUUGGAAAAUAUUGGUAUGCAAUAUAUAAAAGAAUUAAUGUCGAGAUCUUUUUUCCAAGAUAUUGUUCAAGAUCUUUUUUCCAAGAUAUUGUUCAAGCUUAUGAGAAUUUCUAUUGAUAUUGGUUGCCUUCAAGGUCUUCGAAGGCUAUGGAUUUAUGAAUGUCCAAGACUUAUAUCAUUACCACAUGGUGUGAGAAAACUAAGAUCAUUAGAACAUCUUCGUUUGCGCACUUGUGAAAGGCUUGAUCUUAAUUUGAGCAUAGGAUCGAAUAAGCAAGAAAAUCAUGAUGAACUCAGUAACACAUGGCCUCACCUCCGAUAUCUUCGUAUUAAAGAAUUACCACAAUUGGUGGAAUUCCCGCAAUGGCUUAUUCAGUGUUCCACUAACACUUUGGAGAGUUUGGAGAUUCUAAAUUGUUCCAACUUGAAAGCACUACCAGAGUCGAUGGAGAAACUUCAGGCUCUUGGUGUUGUGAAUUGUCUAGAAUUGUCAUCUUUACCCAAGGAUAUGGAUCGUCUCAUCGCUUUGAGAGAACUUACAAUUAGAGGUUGUCCUAAAUUGAGCGAAAGAUGCAAACAAGAAACAGGUGAAGAUUGGUUCAAGAUUGCUCAUAUUCCGUACAUUGAUCUCGACGACAAGAUCAUCAAAUCGACAGAAAAUUAG